AUGAGCCGCUACACUCCACCACCGCCGGCUGGCUGGGUGCCUCCGCCUCAGCGAGACACAACAGCGCUCUGCUUGACGUUUCCGCAGCGUCCUCGCACGCCCGAAGAAGUCGGACGUUAUCGCAAGUCGUUCUUCUCCGAGCCAGGCGCUCGCAUCGCCCACCCCGGACUGAUUAAUGAUCUUAAGAGGGUCGACCCCAUGACCAAGUUCGGGGUGGUUACCACAGGAAGUGAGCACGUACCAGAGAUGCUCGUCAGCGGACCUGCCACGGAAUACCAGCGCAUUAAUCUCGAUAAACUCGAGUCCAACUACGCGAGUCACAAGCGAGAGCCACUGGGCAAAUCGUUCUCUAGAGGCCACAAACUGCCAGCGCAUAUACAGAAGCCCGAGUUUGCGUUUGGUAUGAAGGGAGCAUUCUGUGAAUCGGCCAAGGAGUUACUCUAUCCGUCGACAUCAGCUAGGCUAUUAAAUAGUCGGGAAGAUGAAGAGCUGUACAAGAGAUCGCACGGCUCGGUCGCUCCUGGAGAGCAAAAGAACCGCAACUACCGAUGGGAAGCAGCGAAAAUCGACCCAGCUAGGCAUCGAUUUGGUGUUAAGCCCAUCGGUAGUAGUAAUGGUCAGGUUGGCGGAGAGGUGGCUGUGGUCCUGAACCCUGAAAUGAACGAGAGUAUCAUCCCUCCUGCGGUGGCACCACAGCACCUUGAAGAUCGACGGACACUCUACGACCACCUGGGCAAGCCUAGACAUUUGGGUGCCGCUGAGACCGACAAUUUACCCAACAACCACGUGUUUGGAGUCGUAACACAAGAUAGUGACUCUGCGUGGCUGUGUAUCCAGGGCGAGUACUCACCAGCAGAGCAGCAACCCGAUACGGAUCUGGGCCGUGCAGUACAUCAUGGCUGGAGAAAUGCCACUGCAGACAACCGGUUGUUUGGCAUCCCAACGAUUCGUAGUGAUAUCCCUGCACCUGCUCGACGAUCCAUUGCGGAUGGACAGAACUAUGGUGAUGAUGUUAGUGCACAGGCAUUGCUCUACCCCGAAGAAUUCGCUUCAAGUGGCGUGGCCAACGCAGAGUUUGCUGAACCGCGAGACCAGAAGUACCUACGAGGACUCUUCCAAAAGAUCGGCCACGGAGUAUCAGACGAAGACUUCGAGCUCAUCUGGAAACAAGCCACACAGAGCGUGAGAUACACACCAAUUGGACUGACAAGUAUCGCGGACUAUCGCGAUGCAUUGAACGACUUCCUCGAGGCGCAGGGACGAGGUCCAGCAGCACUUCAGCAGUGGCACAAUCGCGCCCAGGCCUUGUAGAGGAUUCCUUUCGUAUAACACAACUACUUCUUCUCAUUACUCAGCGC